AAACAGCCAAUCGGCUCGAGUGCCUGUUACGUCGCUGCGUCUCUUUGGCGACAACAACAUCUCGCUGUUAGUUUUUUUUUUCGCCUCGUAGCUCUACCAACAACAAAAGCUAGCGUGAAUAAUGUCGAAUUAACGACAGCUUUUGUUUCCGGUGGACGUUUUAUUCGUCUGCACACCUGUCUAGCCUCGAAUCCGAGCUAAACCCAAGCUGCCGUCGGGCCGCUAGCUGGCAGCUAAACUAGCUAAGAGGAAGAUGGGGUCCAUCCUGAGCCGGAGGAUUGCUGGUGUUGAGGACAUCGAUAUCCAGGCAAAUUCGGCCUAUCGAUUUCCUCCGAAAUCUGGCAAUUACUUCGCUAGCCAUUUCUUCAUGGGAGGAGAGAAAUUUGAUACUCCGCAUCCAGAAGGAUACCUCUUUGGGGAAAACAUGGACCUGAAUUUUCUUGGAAACAGGCCAGUGCAGUUUCCAUAUGUGACACCUGCACCCCAUGAACCAGUGAAAACCUUGAGGAGUCUGGUCAACAUCCGGAAGGACUCCCUCCGUUUAGUGAGGUACAAGGAUGACUCGGACUCUUCGGUGGAGGAUGGCGGAAAACCCAAGGUUCAGUACAGCGUGGAGUUUACCUUUGACGCUGAUGCCAGGGUCGCCAUCACUCUCUACUGCCAGGCGUUCGAGGAGUUCUCCAACGGGAUGGCUGUGUACAGCCCGAAGGAUCCAACCAUGGUUUCCGAAACGGUGCACUAUAAGCGGGGGGUGAGCCAACAAUUCUCCAUGCCGACCUUCAAAAUAGAUUUCAGCGAGUGGAAAGAGGAGGAGCUAAACUUUGACUUGGACCGAGGAGUGUUUCCCAUGGUCAUCCAAGCUGUGGUCGAUGAAGGAGACGAUUGUCUCGGACACGCUCAUGUGCUUUUGGCGGCAUUCGAAAGACACGUUGAUGGCAGUUUCUCCGUCAAGCCUCUGAAGCAGAAGCAAAUUGUCGACCGCGUGAGCUACCUCCUGCAGGAAAUCUACGGGAUUGAGAACAAAAACAACCAAGAGACCAAGCCAUCUGACGACGAGAACAGCGACAACAGCAACGAGUGCGUCGUCUGCCUGUCCGACCUGAGAGAUACGCUCAUCCUGCCCUGCAGACACCUGUGUCUCUGCAACUCCUGCGCCGACACGCUGCGCUAUCAGGCCAACAACUGUCCCAUCUGCAGGCUGCCCUUUAGAGCUUUGCUGCAGAUCAGAGCUGUGAGGAAAAAGCCGGGAGCUCUCUCUCCCGUGUCCUUCAGCCCCGUUCUGGCUCAAACCAUGGACCAUGAUGAGCACUCUAGCUCAGAUUCGGUCCCGCCCGGUUUUGAACCCAUCUCCCUGCUGGAGGCUUUGAAUGGUCUGCGGUCGGUGUCGCCCGCCAUCCCUUCUGCCCCUCUGUAUGACGAGAUCAACUUCUCAGGGGGUCUGGGAGGGGACAGCCGACAGCUGAGCUCGCCGGAGCAUUUGAGCGACGGAAGUCUUCAGAAAAGCAAAGUUAGCAAGUCUCCUGACAGCACCCUUAGAUCGCCAUCUUCUCCCAUCCAGGAGGAGGAUGAGGAGAAGCUGUCUGAGAUGUCUGAUGCGCAGCCACACACGCUCCUCUCCAGCAGCCCCGCUCCCACAGACGCUACAGCCACCGAAGACGUGGCAGAAUCUCUCUCUCCAGAUGACGAGGACAGAAUGCCUUCUGGAGGAGACAUCCUGCAGGACUGCAGCAGCGAGCACUGCAGCUUGACCAAAACGGACAGCGACCCAGCGGGCGAUCUGUCUUUGCCUGGUUCGUCGGACUCCAUAGAAAGUCUAAAAAGUCAGAGCACAAACUGCUCCAGUCAGCCUCUCCUGUGUCCCACAAGCAGCCUUCAUAUGGAAGAUGAACAUUUCAACUGACUCAGCUUUGCCUCUCUGCAAGCAUCCCGUCCCUUCAUUACGUUCACACAAGCCCUCCCAGAAACUCUCCGUGCUCCAGGCUUCUGUUUUAAAUGCAUUUUGAUACCAGACAUGGGAGUUAAAUGUUAAUCGAUGAUCAGGAAGGACUGCUCAUUUCAUCAUCAUGUCUGCAUUACAGAAGAAGGAAACCUAGCUGAUGCAAAGCUUAUUUUGGCUUCCUGUGUGAUGACUGCUAUAUUUUUUAUCCUGCAGCUAUGGGGAAAAAAAAAACAUUUCAUUAACUCACAUUGCUGUGUUCAGUUGCGUGUCUUGGACAGAGUUGCGAUGUUGUAACGUAGAUUCCAGAGAUUUCCUCUGCCUGUCUUGGUGGUGCACACUUUACUACAAACAAACCAUCCAAACACUAAAAUUGAGACGCAUCUCUAAAUGCCGUCUGUAUUCAUGUUAUAAGAGGAACACGGAUAAAUGACCCGAGAAGAUCUGCUUUGCCGGGAGAGCUUUACUUCUGUUUUUGGGUCCAUUUCUGAUGGAUUUUUUUGCACUUCAACAAAAUCAUUUAUCCAUUCCUUUUACUGAAAGAAUAUGAAGUUAUUUUGUUGUGUCCUAUCUAAAGCUUUUAGCGAGUUGGUUUAAUUUUCCAGAUAAAGUGAUACAAGAUAAAAUUACAAGGAUUAUGUGUAUGUACUUCAAAAGUUAUUCUUUAUUAUAUACGUGUGUGUGUGUAUAAAAAUAUACAAUGUUUAAGUGAUGAAACUAGAUUUUGUUAACAUGCAGAUUAUUUAAGCAGCUGAUAAUAAGAUACCACAGAGAAAUUCAGACAUAGUUCGAGCCUCGAACAAACAGCGAUUUGCAAUAGCAAGGCAAGCUUACUCGUCAUUGAUAUGGCUGAUAGCUGUACAGUCUUAUUGUGGCAACCCAAGUGUUUGCUUAUGAUGUAGCUGCAAAACAAGGAGUCACGUGUUUGUGUGGCAGCAGCAGCAGCAGCUUUAGUUUCCUUGGUGCAGUAUGUGUAGCAUCACGCAUAUAGAUCGAUGUGCCUUGAAUUUAUAUGCCUGCUUCUCGCAAUAUCCUUACAAAUGCCACCGUAUACAACAGUUCCACUGCAAAGACAGGUUUUAGGACUCUAAUGUACAGAACUUAUUUCGUGCAACAGGACUAAAGAUCAUUUUAGUGUCAUUAAGUACUGUUGAGUUGAAUUGUUGCUUUACUUUGUUAUAUCCUAGUUAUUAUGCAUUAAUAAAGGUAUUUAGGUUCGAGUGCAACUGUAUAUGGUUUACCAGAGGCAGCGCAUCCAUGAAAUGUUUGCAUUUUAAUAAUAGGCUUGCAUUUGCAUGUGGAUUUGUAGACCUCUCACCUCGCUCUGCUUUUAAAUGUUUCUUUGGUCUUUUAUCCUCUCCUCUUCUGUGCCAUUUCAACUUAACACUGUGCCUUCCUGUUCUGACCACUAUUGCCCUGGUAUCCAGGAUAGCCCCACAGUAGGUGGUGUUUGGCUCCAUGUAAAAUCCUGUACCCGUCUCUUUGUGUGUAUAGUGGCAUGUGUAUAACAAUAAAGAACAAAGAUUCAAUACCAAACCA